AUGCACGGAUCGUUUGGAUUUGCGCAACACGCACCGGUUGGAUCUAUACAGCACGGGUCGUUUGGAUUUGCACAACACGCACCGGAUGGAUCUGUACAUCACGGAUCGUUUGGAUUUGCACAACACGCACCGUUGGAUCUGUACAGCAUGGACCGGAUGAAUCUAUACAGCACGGAUCGUUGGGAGUUUGACAGCACAAAUCAAUGGUUCCAUCGCUUUUACAACACGUAUCGGGUGAACUUCCACAUCAUGGACCGGAUGAAUCUAUACAGCACGGACUAG